AUGAUCAGCAGGCACCUGGAGGAAGGCUCUAGCAAAAGCACCAGCCAGGGGUGGAGCCAUCUGUUCCCUCAUGUGCUGGAUGGCGUAAGGCGUGCGAUGGCGGAGCAUGAGGCCAUCGUCUUUCUCCAAUGCGGGCGCCUGGUGAACCGCCACUGGUGCCAAUGGGCCACGCAGGCCACCAAGGUGCUCGCGGUCACUAUCGACGAGUACUUUGACGAAGAAAAGCUCCCUAAAUUGAGAGAAUACUUCCCUGGUAGAGACUUCCGUCGGAGAACCGAAGGCUUGGUGAAUUGUUUCUCGGCAUUGGAAUCCCUAACGCUGACAGACAUGAAAGCCGCUGACCUGCAGCCACUGCAGCGAUUACCACGUCUGCGUCAUCUGAAGUUGAUCGAUGACGUGGAAUGUCAAUGGGGUCAAUGGGGUGUGGCCGAAUUUAGAUUGAUGCAUGUAGCUGCAAUGACAGGACUCGUCAGCCUUGAAUUUCUCUUGUGCGAUAUCACUGACCAAGGAGUGGGGCAGCUUGUGAGUUUGGUAUGCCUGGAGAAACUUGGCUUGCAACGGUGCUAUAGGAUAACAGAUGCUUCACUAUCUACAAUAGCUUUGCUGCCCGCCCUUACUGAUGUCAAUCUCAAGGAUUGUUCGCACAUUUCAGACGUGGGUAUUGUUCGUUUGGCGAAGUUGACAGGCUUGGCAAAGCUCAUGCUGGGGAAUACUGAUGGUUUCGAAGACAGAUUUUCAAAUGAAGGAGCAAGGGUGUUGGGUACAAUGACAAACCUUGUGGCGUUGGAUGUUGGGUGUAGCUACCAUAUGUCUGACAGUGGUGUGGAACAUCUCAAGUCACUCACCAAGCUCACGCAUUUGAGCUUGCCUGCAAACACCUCGGACACAACUCUGCGGUCGCUGAGGAGCCUCACUGGCAUCUCCCAUCUUAGAUUUCAUGGGGGGGAAGAGGUGACCAACAGGGGACUGAGUUGGCUUACACAAUUGUGCAAACUGUCAAGACUUGAGCUGGCCCCCUCAAACGAAGGGUUGAAGUUGAUUGCAGAGGUCACGCGCCUGGUCAGCUUGAAUCUUUCGGUGUGGACACGCAUCGAUAGGGAUAUCACCAUCGAUGGCAUCCAAAGGUUAACAACACUGACAAAUUUGACGACUCUUCGUUUCUCUCUGGAAUGGAUGACUGACAAAGGUGUGAUGGUCUUUAGCGCUCUGACUGGAUUGAAGAAUUUGAACUUGAAUGGAUGCGAAAGGAUAACGAUGGUGGGGUUGAGGUGGAUUUCGAGGCUCACACGGCUGACCGAUCUGUCACUGUGCGCAUGCGGCGAAGUCGCAAAGUCUUUUGAUGGUCAAUUUCUGGGAAACCUGCAAUGUUUGACGAAGCUGGCACUGGCACACAACGAUGAACUCACAGAAGAGGGAUUGAGGACACUUACAAGGCUGACGAACCUUGCGGCCUUGGAUUUGAGAUACUGCACAAACAUCACGAGGCGUGGGUUGUGGCAUUUGGCACCUUUGAGAUUUCUCACUUGUGUUGAGUUUGAAGGAUGCCCUGCGCUGAGGUCCUUAGCCAGGCCGUAUUUCUUGUGCAAAUGGGUGUAA